UUUGCCUGAAGGAAAAUUACCUGUGUAUAUUCAAUAGGCAUUUAUUUUAAAGUUUCCAGUUUGGUUGGCCGCCGCAGUCACGUGACUACAGUAUAAGUUUUUUUCCUUAAGGAGGUCGAUCGUUUUAACCAGACACGUUCGAUUUUUUUUAGGGGGAUACAUCUAUAUUUCAUUUAUAUAUGUGUGUAUAGAAUUUGCUGUCACCAAGGUAACAACAGUACCACGCAAUUAUGACGAAGGAAGAAGUAGAGCGUGGUAACUGGACAGGAAAGCUCGACUUCAUUUUGUCGUGUAUAGGUUACGCCGUUGGUUUGGGAAAUGUAUGGAGAUUCCCGUACUUGUGCUACAGAAAUGGAGGAGGUGCCUUUUUGGUUCCCUAUGCAAUUAUGUUGAUCAUCGCUGGAAUACCAUUGUUCUUUUUGGAACUUUCCUUUGGGCAAUUCGCCUCCGAAGGUCCCGUCACUGUGUGGAAAGUCAGCCCAUUUUUCAUGGGCAUUGGCUGGGCUAUGUGUCUGAUUAGUGCUAUGGUCAGCAUCUACUACAACGUCAUCAUCAUGUACUCCAUCUACUACAUGUUUGUGUCCUUCGUCAGCAUAGACACAGUGCUGCCAUGGCAAUCGUGUAACAACACAUGGAAUACAGAUGAUUGUAGAUUAGAACCUUAUCCAAAAUUAAGUACAAUGGACGAGGCGGACAAAGCAGCAAACCUUAUAAAACUGAAUGAUGCAUCAUGCCUGAAUAAAACUGUUGCAGCCGUAAAUAGCUAUUAUGGAUCAAACUAUAUGAAUUACACGGGAUUCAACUCAACAAUUCUAGAGUCAAACUUCACAGAUGAAUGCACAAGAAAAUUUAGAACAGCUAGUGAAGAGUUUUGGACGAGACAGGUACUUCAGCUACAAGAUGCACCUGAAGGUCUGAAUGAUAUUGGAGAAGUCAGCAUCAGAAAUCUCAUCUGUUUACUGUUUGCCUGGAUUUUCAUUUUCUUCUGCCUAAUGAAAGGAGUCAAAUCAUCUGGCAAAGUUGUGUAUUUCACGGCCACUUUCCCUUACAUUGUACUGCUACUUCUCCUGAUUAGAGGCGUAACAUUGGACGGAUACUAUGACGGAAUCCUUUUCUACAUAAUUCCAAAAUGGGAACAAAUUUCUGAGCCAAAGGUAUGGGGAGAUGCUGCUACUCAGAUUUUCUACUCCUUGGGUGUAGCCUUUGGAGGUUUACUGACUAUGGCCAGCUACAACAAAUUCAAAAAUAAUACCCUAAGAGAUGCCUUGAUUGUAUCCGUAAUCAACUGCAGUACUAGUGUCUUUGCUGGGUUUGCCAUAUUCUCACUACUUGGACACAUGGCUUAUAUAACAAACAGAAAAGUAGAAGAUGUUGCUGAUUCAGGGCCUGGUCUUGCGUUUGUUGCCUAUCCUGAGGGAAUCGCAAAAUUAUCCGAUCCAUGGCCACCAAUUGUUGCAUUCCUGUUCUUUUUCAUGAUUUUCACUCUUGGACUUGACAGUCAGUUUGCCAUGAUGGAAACUGUCAUAAGUGGUUUCUCUGAUGUUUUCCCUCGCCUGCUGAGAAAACACAAGACCCUAUUUACAUUCAUAACGUGUAUGAUUGGGUUUGUGCUGGGAAUUCCUCAAGUCUGCAAGGGUGGAAUAUAUGUUUUAACAUUAAUGGACUGGUAUUCUGGAAGUUACAACUUAAUGAUAGUCAGCUUGUGUGAGCUAAUUGCCUUGUGCUAUGUAUAUGGUGUUAACAACUUCAGAAAGGACAUUGAGAUGAUGCUGGGAGGGUUUCCAAACGUCUUCUGGGUUUACUGGUUUGCCACCUGGUGCUUCAUCACACCCAUUGCAAUCAUCUUUAUAGUGAUAAUGUCUGGCAUUACGUACGCUCCUGCAUACUACACCAAAUAUGAAGGAAAAUAUAUAUUCCCACCCUUUUCCGAAGGCCUUGGCUGGCUGAUGGUGGUGUCACCUUUGGCUCUGAUUUUGGGAGGAAUGAUUGUACAGAGCAUCCGAUAUGGCGGGAUUGUAAAAGCUUUAAAACCUGAGCCAAGUUGGGGUCCAGCUAUGGAUGAAGACCGUGUUGGCAGGUACACUCCACGACAUGAACUAGAAUUUGGCAAGGAUGGACCAGGGCCUCAGGGGGCAACUAACAUGGGAUAUGUCAACGAAAAGGGCAAACCAUACAUUGUGUCAAGUGAAAAUGGCUAUGAUCACAAACUCUAAACAGUUAAUGAAAACCAUUUUAUGCAAUGCAAAUUGCGUCUCGAACAGUAACUUUCUUUGUACAUUGUUUUGUUUCCCUCUCAAAAUGUAUUUACAAUACUUUUAGUUUUAGUGUUGUGAUAUAAUUUUAUAUUUUAUUUGCACAUUUCAAGCUCUAGUUGUAUUCGAGAAUGUAGUGACUCUCCGCUAGACUUUCAAGUUUUGCACCAUAAAUUCAUUCAAUAUUAACCGAGUAAUUAAAAUUCAGUCACUACUGAGUAUUUGCAAUACACCUACUUUUUGAUCUUGAAUACAACUGGAAUGUUUGUUGUUAAAAAGAUGACUACAUCCCAUUACUUGACAUACCAUGGGGUUUGUUUCAUCAUACAUACCCACAGGUAGAGAAACUCCUAUGGAGGUAAUACUUGCUACUAUUGAAUUAAAUAACAAAAAUGUGCUGUUUUGAAUUGAAUUUUAAUCAUAAACUGGUCUGAAGUAAAAUGUUAUUCUUAUAAUGUUCAUUGUGAUGGUUCUGAUUCCACAGGAAGUGCAGUGCAAUAUACAUGUAUAUUGGCAAAAAUGGUAUAUAACAGAAACAAUUGUGACUGCUUUUACAUGUACUAUGUUCUUUUUAUCUUUAUUUUAUUCCUGUAAAUCAUAUAUGUCAAUGAAUAAACAUUAACUCUGUUAUAACCCCUCCCCUACUUGUCUUCAUGCACAUAAAAGCAUAAAACUACAGCAACUGCAAUCUUCAUUGCCUUACUGCUUAACUUCAUCAUAAAAUGUGUCACACAUGUAGUUUGUUUUUGGAGCAGCUUUCCAUCCAGACAGUGAUUUGUAUAGAUCUAUCUUGCACUUUAAAACGAAAUUGUAGUUUCUCAGUGCAAACAUCCUCCCCGUUUAGCAGAAGGUAAUGAAUAUGGAGUUUGUCUGUAAAUCAAGGAUAAGACAGACUACAACAUGUCUUGAUUUUUUAUGUAAAAGCGCCAGUAAAAUAAAUUUCCCCACAGAUAGCUAUUUGAAUAGAUAUGAUUAUUGAUUCUACUAUAAAAUAUCCUUGUUCGACAUAUCCAUGUAUCACUAAUAUUUCUAAUAAAAUUAUAUUAUUCAUGUACUGAUGAUGCUCAAAAAUCCCCCCAUAUAUUUUCUUAAUCAGAUGAUUUGUGUGUACAAAUUAAUGUAUACUUUUUAUAUACAUAUAUGAUAUAUAUUGAUAUAUUACAAUUCCUUUGAAUUAGAUUUUCUGAAUUUAUAUAUGAAUUUAUAUAUGAAAAACUUUUUGGUGAAUAAAAAUCAGAAAACACA